AUGAACAAUUUCACCAAGUCAGGACUGAAUCAUCCAACGGUGGAGGAUGCUCAGAAGAGACAUCUGGGACCAGCCACCCUCACCUGCAGCUUCAUCUCCAGGGCGGGUGGACGGCGCGCCUCCGAGCACACGCGGCGCGCCCCUCGCCGGCUCGCCGCCCCGCAGCCGCUCCGGCCCCCGGCCCGCGGCACCCAGACGCACCGACCGGAGAGCGGGAAGCGCCUGUCCGGCAGCCGAGCCCCCGGCGCGCCCUUCCCCGCCGGCGCCCCGCCCUUCCCCGCGAGGCUCGGCCCUUCUCCGCCCGUGGGAACGCGGCCGCCUCGUGCCCCCCCGGCGGACGGCGCCCACGAGGCGCAGCCGCCCCUUCACGGGCAGGUCUCCGCCGGUCCCCCCUCGCGAGGCCCCGCCGGCGGAGGCGCACGGCCGGCCCGUCGCCCUCGGCUCUCCAUGGACGGCGGCGCGUACCGGUGCCGCGGCAGCCGGAGCCUCGAGGGCGGCCAGUCGGCGCUGCCCAGCUCGCUGCUCUUCGCGGCGGGGCUGCUGGGCAACGCGCUGGCGCUCGGGCUCCUCUGGCAGCACCACCUGCGCGCCCGGCUGCAGCGCGCCGGCGGGCGGCCCCGCGCCUCCGCCUUCUACCUGCUGGUGAGCGCCCUGACGGCCACCGACCUGCUGGGCAAGUGCCUGCUGAGCCCCAUCGUGCUGGCCGCGUACGCGCGCAACCGCAGCCUUAGCGCGCUCUGGCCGGCGCCCGCCGUCGAGGGCGCGGGAGAGCCGGGCCCCGGCGCGCUGUGCCAGACCUUCGCCUUCCUCAUGGCCUUCUUCGGGCUGGCGCCCACCGCGCUGCUGCUGGCCAUGGCCCUGGAGUGCUGGCUCUCGCUGGGCCACCCGUACUUCUACGAGCGCUACACCAGCCGCCGCCUGGGCGCGCUGCUGACCGGCGCCGGCGCCGCGCUGUGCGCCCUCUUCUGCGCGCUGCCGCUGCUGGGCUUCGGCGCCACUGAGCAGUAUUGCCCGGGCACGUGGUGCUUCAUCCGCAUGGCCGGCGGCGCCGGGCGACCCUACUCGCUGCUCUACGCCAGCCUGCUGGGCGCGCUGGUGCUGGCCGUGGGCCUCUGCAACCUGGGCAGCAUGAGGAGCCUCUACCGCAUGGCGCGCCGGCAGCCUCCGCGCAGGGGCCGCCCGGCGGCCGGAGGGCCGAGCGCCGCCGCGCCGCCCGGGGCGCGGCGGACGGAGGAGCUGGCCCAGCUCGUGCUGCUGGCGCUCAUGACCGUCCUCUUCACCGUCUGCUCGCUGCCCGUGAUCAUCCGUGCUUACAUCGGAGCGUUUGCCCCGGACUCCGACGACAGCGCAGACCUCCGGGCGCUGCGCUUCUUCUCCGUGAAUUCCAUCGUGGAUCCGUGGGUCUUCAUCAUUUUUCGGACGUCCGUCUUUCGCUCUUGCCUCCGCCGGGUUUCUAGGAGGCUGAGCUCUCAGAAAGCCCCACAUUCUCAUCUCCUGGAAACUUGGCAGCGGAAAAGUUCCGGCCCGCUGCAAUGAGGAAUUUCCUUCCCUUGAUGCUCAUGGCUGGACUUUCUUCUGAGUAACGGUGUGAUUCAGUGUCGCCUGGCAGUGGGCCCUGGUGUCACGGGCCACUGUCACGCUUGACCUCCCCGUGGUACUGCUCGCGGCAGGAUCCGUGCCAUCUGCUCCUCCAAGCCACGGCCUGGUGGCCUGGGACACCUCCAGGGAGCAGCCGCGAAUGGGCUUGUCUGGCCUGCACUGCGGCUUUUGACAAUCGGCGCUUUUGACAAUCUGACAAUCGGCGUAGCGCAGCCGCAGCCGGCAAAUGAAUCCCCCAGAGGCACCAAACCCGCUCCCAUUCUGACAAGCUGUCUUGCGGAUGUGGAUCGGUCGUGGGGUGUUCCUGGCCUCAGAGGUGGAAGGGCAAGAAAGGAAGGAGACGAGCUCUCUCCGUUUGCAAAACUGUCCCUGCCUGCUUGCUCAGCGCAAGCGACCAGGUGUGCGUGUGUGUUUGGGCUGGUCCCUAGAGCAUGUGCUCAGCUCUGCUUCUGUACUUCAGGUGCCCUGAGGCCCCCCCACCCACCCCGGCACUGCUGUCCUCCCACCGGGGCAGGGCUGGGCUCGCUGGGCUCGGCCUGAUGUGCCCUCACCCAUGGGAGGGAGGGCCGUGCGCAGACCUGGGGCCGGCAGCCGGAGAGGGACACGGAGCCAGAAGGAUGCGUCCGCAAGAGAGCAGGUGGGACAGGAGGAGCCACGAAAAGCCCUGCUGGAUCAGACGGGCACCACCCAGCCCAGCGUCCUGCUCCCUUGCUGGCCAAUGUGCCUCUCUGCUCUUUUUCUCAGUUAAGUUUCUAGCAAUUGUAAAUGUUCCUUGUAGGAGAGUUGCUCCACCCCUGGAUCAUUUUAGUUCUCCUUUUCUGUGGUUUUCCCAACUCUACAGUGUCCUUUUUUAGAUGUGGUGACCAGAACUCUUCACAGCAUUCUAAGUUUGGUUGCACCAUGGAUUUAUAUAAGGUCAGAGUGGUACUGGCACUUUUGCUUCAGUUCCUUUCCUAAUCCUUCCUAACAUGGAAUUAGCUUUUUCACAGCACUCGGGCACCGAGUUGCCCCCCUCGUUUCUUGGUCAUUCACCACUAACUCAAAUCCUUACCAGCUUAGGGUUGAAAUGUUUGCCCCAAUACGCAUCGCUCUCCACUUGCUUAUGUUGACCUGCAUUUCCUCUUUCAAUGCCCAUCCUCCCAGUUGGGAGAGAUCCUCACAAUCCCUUUUUGUUUAACUUCCCUAAAUAGUAGUGUGCACUCUGCAAACUUGGCCACCUCCCUGCUCAUUCCUGAUUUUUUAGGAAUAGGUUCUUUGGUCCUAAUACAGAGCUCCGAAGCACUCCACUCGUGACAUCUGACCACUGGGAGAAGUUACCUUUUGUUCCCACCCCGUCUGCUGUUCCUUCACCGCUCGGAGGUCCAUGAAGAGGACGCUCGCUUUUACUCCUAUUCCACGACUUCUGCAUUUGCUCAGGAGCUUUUUGGAAGGCCACUGGGUCGCCCCGUCCACCUGCUUAAUAGCGCGCAGAGAAAGCUAAUCCGUUACUGAGACAAGAUGCAUUUUUGCCAAAGCCUCGCUUCUUUUGCGGCAGGGCUUUGGCCUGUAAUUUCUUGGAUCUCCUUGUUUAAAAACAAAAAAUGGUGUUACGUUGGCCCUUCUCCAGUCUCCUGGCACAUGUCACACAUGUCAGCAAUUUCUGUUUGAGUUCUUUCAGAACUUCAGGAUGCCAAAUGCCCAGGCCUGGUGAUGCAUUAACUCUCAGCUUGUCAAACAGCUCAGGCAAUUCAUCUUUUCGCACAGCUGUUUGCCUCAAUUACCGGGCUUUCUGGGAAAAUCUGUUCUUCACCCCUGUUGUUUAUUUUGGUUUUAGAGGUACUGAAUAGAUGUGUUAGGGAUGACAAGGGCAUCAAAGGAACUAGAAUUAGGGACAAAAGUUAUAAAUUGCAAGCCUUUGCGGAAAAUCUGUUCAGACACAGGUAUUUGCCCUAUGCCCUCUGCCAUGAAGGGAGUCAAAAGAAAUUCAGCAAUUUCUGUUAUCCUCCAGCGAUCCAUCCACCUGCAUAGCUGGUUUCUUGCUUCUGUUGUAAAGAAUUUGUUGUUGCUGGUUACAUCCUCCUCAAAUUGCUUUUUUGCAUCUUUGCCUCUCUGCUUGCACCUCACUUGCUCUCCUCAUUUCCAGAGGCUUCCAUUUUCCAAAGACACCCCCCUCUCUCACACAGCUGCCUUGAUUUUGCUUGUUCACCCCGCUGGUGACUUCUUGGGCUUGGGACUCCCCUUCCUAACUUGUCCGUGGAGGCUGUCCGCGUAUCCUGCAGGAAGGGGCCUGCGAGGCCAUCUAUUCCACCCCCUGCUACAUGCAGGCCUCCCCUGUGGGGUUCCCCAGUGCCAGCAGACCUGGGCUCCUCUCCAUGCCUCACCCACACAUUGAGACUCCUCAGCUGUGCCUGUGCAGCUGGCCCUGCGCGUGGAGCAGGUGGCAUGGCAGAGAAAAACAUCUCGGUGGUUUCAGUUACCUCCCUAGAAAUCCAGAUUGGGCUUCCAGGACCUCCUGGCUGCUAUAUUUACCCACAGCACUGGGACCAGCUUGGGUCAGUCUCUGGCUCCAUCCUAGCUUGCUGUGCAGUGCUUCCAAGAUGUCGCACGACAACUGCAACCUUCGCACCAUGUUCACCAUGGGGGCUGCCACCCGCUGCACCAGUCCUCCGACUCCAGAAGCACGGCCUCGGCACAAGGGACGGUCACUCCUCUUCUGAAGAAAGGGUCCCUUCUGAGGAAUUGUUUCCUUCUCCCUUGAAAUGGUGCCCUUGUCCCCUGCGACCCACACCUGUCACCCAGGCCUGCCUCCCUCGGCUCCUCCAGGCCAGCGCACUUGGCUCAGAGGGAACGGACUUGUUUCUUGAGAGACAGGAGCCCUCCAGGUUGCAUCGCAGGGAGUACUUCCUGAUGGUUAGAGCCCUAGGAUAUGGAAUGGGAGGUGGUGGAGGCCCCA